UCCUUCUCAGAUGACACCAAAACGGAGUGCAGCGAAGAGUGAAGGAGUCAAUCCUAAAAUAUCCGCUACUCCACUUCAAACUCUUUCACCUUCCACAAAAUAAAAAUAACAAACACCUGGCUCUGAAACCACCACCACAACUACCGCCGCCCACCACUGACAGUGAGACAGUCAGCCCUAGCCCCCAAUUUGACUGAUCACUGAUGGGCGAACAAACCAAAAUCCAACCUCAAUCACAACCAGUCCAAUCAGAAUCCCAGGCUCUCCCCCAAAUCGAAGCCCAGGUCCAAACUCAAUCACUGUCUCAGCCAUUCAAUACCCCCACCAUCACCACCUCGGAAUUAACCACUGUUCCACCACCAAUUACAUCUCCUCCCGCCAAAAUCCCUUCCCGUCCUCGUAAAAUCCGUAAAGUCUCACCCAAUGCUGCUGCAACCACCGCUAACGACCCUAAGUCUUCCCCAACCUCCACCACUACCACUACCACUACCACAACCGAAACACCCAAAACCCCUGCCAUCAAAACCCCAAGAACAAAAACGUCCCAACAGCUAGUAAUCGCCACUCCGCGGAUCGUGGCAAGAUCUCUAACAUGUGAAGGUGAGCUUGAAUACGCAAUUCACUAUCUCCGUAACGCCGAUCCACUCCUUGCUUCCUUAAUUGACAUCUACCAGCCUCCUAGCUUUGAUACGUUUCCCACUCCUUUCCUUGCUCUCGCUCGCAGCAUUCUUUACCAGCAACUUGCUUUUAAAGCAGGGUCUUCAAUUUACACGCGCUUUAUUUCGCUUUGUGGCGGAGAGGCUGGAGUUUUACCCGAAACAGUUCUUGCUUUGACUCCACAACAGUUGAGGCAAUUUGGGGUUUCUGGGCGUAAAGCGAGUUACCUUCAUGAUCUAGCUAGAAAGUAUCAAAAUGGUAUUUUAUCGGAUUCUGCGAUUGUAAAUAUGGAUGAUAAAUCGCUUUUCACAAUGCUUACUAUGGUAAAUGGGAUUGGUUCAUGGUCAGUGCAUAUGUUCAUGAUUUUCUCGCUGCAUAGACCGGAUGUGCUGCCAAUUAAUGAUCUUCAAGUGAGGAAAGGAGUGCAGUUGCUUUAUAAUUUGCUGGAGUUGCCACGCCCAUCACAGAUGGAUCAGUUGUGUGAAAAAUGGAGGCCGUAUAGGUCGGUUGCGUCAUGGUAUCUUUGGAGAUUACAAGAGUCAAAAGGGUCACCUUCCAGUGUGAUAGCAGUGUCUGCUAGUGGUAAUUUGACACAGCAACAGCAGGAAGACCAGCAGCAGCCUCAGCUUAUUGACCCAAUAAACAGCAUUCUCAAUCUUGGGGCCUGUGCUUGGGGACAAUGAUUGGGACCUAGGAUGAGGAGUUAUUCUUCUAUCCAGCAAUCAUUUGAGGUGCUUCCAGAGCUGCGCGAUAAACGUAGACAUCACUAAUGAAAAGCCUGGACAUCCAAGACAUCAAGAGAUUUUUGUACUUGCCUCUUGCUUUGAAAAAUAAAUAACACUAGAUGCGGUCAAGCUCCGUUGUCUUUGUAAAAGAUUGGAUUGACAUAAGAACUUUCUUAUAGGACAUCGUAGGGUUAGAAGAGCUUUCAGUGUUUUUGCCUUUUUUACUGUGGCUGGCUAGUUGUAUCCUGGAAAUACAAUUAGAACCUUCAUCUGUAGAGGCAAUUGCUCUUAUUAAUUGACCAUCACAAUCUGACAAUGUACAUAGGAAUCCUGGACAAGGUUUUAUAUGUCCAGGGUAUUAAAUGAAUCAGAUUGCAGAGGUGCAUCAGCUAAA